AUGUGGGCGAGUGCAAUCAUCCAACUUGAAGUCUUGCACCAUGUCUCACCCACCUACGAGACCGUCGCGUGCGGCCAUCCCCGCCCUCGCCUUCACUUUUUCUCUUCCCGCCCACAAACACCGCCAACCAACGUCGAAUUCCCGCGUCACCGUUGCGCCUGCUCAAAUGUAGCCACCGACUCUUCCAACCACCUCUUGCACUUCAACUUCAACAUGGUCUCUCUUGCCUCAACGGAAAGGGCAGCGCUUGGCACCGUCGUCCCGAGCGUUGGUGGCAGCCUCAAGCGUAGACACGCCGACAGCUCGUCCGACGCAGAAAACAACGCCCCAUCGAGCCAGCUGAAACGCCGCCGGGUGACGUUUGAUCCUGAUGUGGAUGUGCGCAUCCUGAGCGACGACAAGGACAAGAGCCUGGAACUGGUGGGCGAGGAAGUACGGAGGGCGAUGGAGAAACACGGUGCGGGGGAAAAGGCGGCCUACGAUGGGCUCAAGGGCCUGUUCAGGGAAGCACCCACCUCCAAGGAUGCCCCUCUUACCGGCCUGUUGCAAAAGUACCUCAUCGCCCUCAGCAACCAUGCGCCCCUUCUCGACCACAGCUGCAAGGGUCUCGUACACGCUGUCAUCGAUUGCAGCUGGAUUGCACGCAAUGAGCACUUUGUACGCUCGUACCGCCACUUCCUCCGCUCGCUGCUGUCAGUCCAGACUGGUUACAUGUCCACUAUUCUCCAGAUGCUUGUCAGCAUGUUCCUCAACCCUCCCCCAGUAAAUGCCCGGCAGCAAGACGACCCUCCUGUUCAGCGAGUCCGCCUCCAGACUCGAGUGCACGAGACGCUCAAGUCCAUCCUACGACACAGCCCCAUGGCCAGCACCUUCCUCGCCCCCGUCAUCACACACACAUUCCCAUUCUCCGACGAUGACGCAAAAACGCACGUCGAGUUCAUCCGCAACAUACUCAAAGUCAGCGAGUAUGCGCCAGAGAUCAAGGGCGAGAUUCUCUCACUUGUCACGGAGAAGCUGGUCAAGAUCGACGUUCAGAUGCAAGUAGACAUGGAAGACUUGGAUGAUGACGUCGAUGAGCGUCUCGUAGGCGAUGCCAUCAACGACGCCGAAGACGACGAUGAUGAUCUUAGCGACAAUGGCUCCGUCUCCAGCGAAGAGAGUCUCGAUCCAGAAGAAGCGCGCGUCAAGCAGAUCAAAGAGCUCAUGCGCAAACUGGACAAUAUCAUGGAUGUCCAAUUUGCAUACUACGACUCCAUAUUCGAAAAGGGCAAUCUUUUGGCAAUUGACGAAAUCUUCGAAUCCCUUCUCUCUCAAUUCGCAAACAUCAUCCUCCCCACCUAUCGCUCCCGCCAUACACAAUUCGUCCUCUUCCAUUUCUCUCAAACUUCCUCAGAUCUCAUCAACCGGUUUGCAGGUUGUUGUUCGCAUCUUGCCUUUGACCAAGGCCGUCCACAACUCAUGCGCGCGAGCGCAGCGGCCUACCUUGCGUCGUUUAUCGCGCGCGGCGCCCACGUUUCCCGGGAAGUAGUACGAGACGUGUUCGACCUUCUUUGCUACCACCUCGAAGCACUGCGCAUAACCCACGAACCCUUAUGCAAAGGCCCCGAUCUCCGCCGCUACAGUACCUAUUACGCCAUUUCACAGGCACUCAUCUACACAUUUUGCUUCCGCUGGCGCGACCUCAUCAUCACCCCAGAUGACACGCCGCCCACUGACGAGGACAUCAUCUACCACGAGGGCGACUUCACAUGGCACUCAUCCGUGCAAGAAGUCCUUCGCCGAAAUAUUUUUUGCCGCCUCAACCCGCUCAAGAUCUGUGCGCCGACAAUUGUAUCGCAGUUUGCGCGCAUGGCGCACCACCUGCGUUUCAUGUACAUCUACCCGCUCAUCGAAACAAACAAGCGCGUUCGUCUGGCGCGGAGUAUGGCGAGCGGCUACCUCGAUGGUAUUGGAGGGCGCGAGACGGCGCUGACGGGCAAGCGCGGCGAACAGACCUUUCUUAUGGAUGCGUAUUUUCCGUUUGACCCCUAUGUGCUGCCGAAGAGUAAGAGGUGGGUUGAGAGCGAUUAUGUGCAGUGGAAACCUGUGCCUGGUAUGCCUGUUGAGAAGGAGGAGGACGAUGACGAUGACGAAGAGGAAGAUGACGACGAGACGGAUAGCAGUGUAGACGGGGAGAGCUCUGACGAGGAAGGUGGGACAAAGGAUUUGACACCCCAUGAUGACCUGGACGACGGCAGCACAGAAGCUAGUCUAUAA